CUGGGCGGCGACAGUGAGGACGAGGCGGUGGGCCCGGGGCCGGCUCCGGCCCGCACCAAGGAGGGCUUGCGGCGCUUCCUGGACGGGCUCCUGGACGGGCGGGCGCAGCCCCAGCUGUCAGAGCACACGCUGGAGACACAGGUGGCCGAGCUGCUGGCCCAGGGCCGCACCAAGCCCCCCGAGCACAGCACAGCCGCUGCCCGCAAGCUCCUCGUCUUCACCACGGGCUGCCUCACCUACUCGCCGCACCAGAUCGGCAUUAAGCAGAUCCUGCCACACCAGAUGACCACAGCCGGGCCUGUGCUGGGUGAGGGGCGGGGCUCAGAUGCCUUCUUUGAUGCCCUGGACCACGUCAUCGACGUGCACGGACACAUCAUCGGCAUGGGCUUGUCCCCGGACAACAGGUAUCUGUACGUGAACAGCCGAGCCUGGCCGAGCGGUUCUGUGGUGGCCGACCCCAUGCAGCCACCGCCCAUCGCAGAGGAGAUCGACCUGCUGGUGUUUGACCUCAAGACCAUGCGAGAGGUGAAGCGGGCUCUGCGGGCCCACCGCGCCUACACACCCAACGACCAGUGCUUCUUCAUCUUCCUGGAUGUCAGCAGGGACUUCGUGGCCAGCGGGGCCGAAGACCGGCACGGCUACAUCUGGGACCGGCACUACAACAUCUGCCUGGCGAAGCUGCGGCACCAGGACGUGGUCAACUCUGUGGUCUUCAGCCCCCAGGAGCAGGAGCUGCUGCUGACGGCCAGCGACGACGCCACCAUCAAAGCCUGGCGUUCGCCGCGCACCGUGCGCAUCCACCAGGCCCCGCGUCCUCGUCCCCACCCGUUUUUCUCCUGGUUUGCCAGCCAGAAGCGCUGAGGGGGGCGCUGGCCGACCGGAGCG